ACGAAAGUUAUCCGGAAGUCAUCGAAUCAGAGCUUUCGACAGUGGGCCUGAGUACUCGCCUAGAUCUAAACGAAAAGUGCCAAGAAACUUUACUAAAGGUGUUGUCUUCCCUAUCUAAAACAUGUUUCCUACUAUCAUCAUGAUCCCGACUACGCUGUAAGAACAAAGAUGAAGUAGAUUGUGCAAAUUCUUGACCCAUCAUGUGAUGUCCAUGCUGCACUGUACAACGCAUACAAUACAGUCUUUCAAAUCACAGACCAACGCCUGACGUUAGAGAGAACUCUGCGAAAAGCCAACGAUGUCAUCUGCAUCAAGACGAAGGCAGCCACGAGGCCAGCUAAGUGUGGAGAAUGACAGCGAGUAUGUCAACGUGGAGCUUGGCUACGCUGGGGCCUCGGGGUACAGUGGGGGUCAAGGGAUGCCCAGCCAGUAUGAGAACAUGGAACCUAGUCCUGACUUGAGGUAUGGAGCCCGUGGUGUAGAUAACCUAGCUUAUGGCGCACCCACAGGCACACCUCGCACAGGCUAUCAGCCACAGGAUAUUCAGCUUAACACAAUCAAUCCAGCCUUCAGUGGGUCAGGCCAGACCCCCCUGAUGGGGCGGUCCCGGAGUCCCUCUGUGGCAUCCAGCGUAUCCUAUCAGUCUAGCAAUGCUGAAGCUGAUGAGAUACACGAGAGAGAAAUCAUUGCUGCUAGCCUUAGCGAUCCAAACAGUGUCAUUGACAUGCUACCAAGCAGACAAUUAGGACACACACUUCACAGAGCCAAAUCGCACCACCACCCAUCACACCACCACAGCAAAUCAAUGAGGAAGAGAAGUCGUUCUCGCUCAGCGUCCCUUCGUCGCUCACGCUCCACCAGCAGACGGAACUAUGAGAAUGUCAACCUUGAGAACAUGGUGGAUGACAUCCUGGCGGACCCCAAUCUCCUUCAGGGCACAUCAAGGGGUACGCUGAGAAGACGCAAUACCAUUCGUCAGAUCUCAGGAACAAUCGAUACAAGACGACGAGUCAGAGAGCAAGUGAAUAGGAGAUCAAGCAGAACAAGUAAAGAGAAAUCACCCGGUAUAUGUACAGCGUAUUUCUAUGAAGCGGCAUAUAAAUGGGAGUCAUUCCUUGAGAGCCUCUCUGACUUCACUUACUCCCUGGAGCUGUGGCGUAGCUCCAUCAAGAAGAUCGAAGGGAACUUUGGUAGCGGCGUCACUUCCUACUUCCUCCUCCUGAAAUGGCUCCUUCUUCUCAACAUCCCCGUCUUCCUGCUAACAUUUGGUUUUGUGACGACGCCUCAGCUCAUCUACCAGCCUAGCGCCAGUGUUCCGCACUCUCAGAACUUCUCAGGAUGGGACCUGCUGACUGGAGGAGGCUGGUUCAAGGAUACUGAGCUGUACUGCGGUUACUAUACCAACGAGACAUUCACUGUAGAUAACAAGAACUAUUACAGCAUGCCACUGGCGUACCUGAUCACUAACAUUCUUAUCUUCAUACUUAUUCUCAUCGUUAUCGCUCAGGGAAUGUCCAGGGCGUAUCGGCAGUACUUCGUGACGGGUGAUCGUCAUUACAACUUCUUUACUGCCAAGGUUUUCUGUGGAUGGGACUACAGUAUUACAUCAGAGUCUACAGCGAAGCUCAAGAACAAGAGUAUCUAUCUGGAAUUAGCUGAAGCCCUCACAUCUCAUCACAGCUCAGAUAGUAUUGGCUGCUGUAAAACAUUUGGUAUCUAUUUGUUACGUCUCACCAUCAACAUCAUCGUCUUCGCAAUCAUAGCAGGUGCCUCGUAUCUCAUACACUAUAUGUACGAUAGUGUGGUAGCGGAGAUAGAUUCGGGACUGACUGUAAUACGAGAGCUGGCUAUUCCUCUAGUUAUCAGCGGUUACAACCUGACGUUGCCUUACAUGUUCAGUGUUCUCAGCUCAUUUGAGAAAUACUCCAACCCAAGGAUGCAGCUCUAUGUUUCACUCUUUAGAACGUUUCUGAUGAAGGCAUCAGUGCUUUGUGUGUUGUGUUACUUCUGGCUCAAUCAAAUCAGCUGUACGGACGAGUCAACACAAAACUGUGUUGAGUGUUGGGAAACCUUCAUCGGUAAUGAAGUCUACAAGCUCGUCAUUGUGGAUUUCAUCCUUCAAAGUUUAGCAACAUUCGUCUUGGAAUUCAUCAGAAGAAUUGGGAAAGACCAUUGUUGCCAGACUUUUGCCUCUCCUGAGUUUGACAUUGCACGUAACACAAUGGAUCUUAUUCAGUCUCAGACGUAUACAUGGAUUGGCAUGUACUUCUCUCCGCUACUCAUGGUCAUCAAUAUCUUUAAACUUGUCCUCAUCUUUUAUGUCAAAAAGGUCAGUGUUCUGUACAACUGCAAACCAUCUUUAAGACCUUGGAAAGCAGGACUAGCGAAGACUGUAUUCCUUGGGAUCCUAUUUCUCAUGUACAUGAUAUGCCUUGGAGCUUUUGGAUACAGCGUAGUUCAGAUCCAGCCUUCUGCUAACUGUGGACCCUUCAGAGGGAGGAAUGAUACCUAUGAUGUGGUGAUUGAUCUGUUUGGUAAAUGGCAGCAGUCGGAUAGGGUCAUCACCACACUGGUCAUCUUACUGACCAGUCCUGGUGUCCUCGUAGGGAUCAUACUCAUCAUCAUUUUGCUGGUGUACUACAGAAGAUCUGUUUCUCUGGGUUACAAGGAGACUGUCAAGAGACUUCAACAUCAGAUCAAUCUGGAAGGUAAAGACAAGCGCUUCUUACUGCGCAUGCUUCAAGAAGCAAUCAAGAAACGUAACAAGAAGCUUGGCAUCACUAAUCCCAACGACAGCGUGGUAUUCAGCAACAAUGGGCGUGUCCUGCGGUCCCCCUCCCCGUCGGCCUCGGCACCCAGCAGGCAACGCCCAAGCCCCCGAAAAGAGGGCAAGAGAAAACACAAAGCACACCGCCACCCUGGCCACCAUGGAGGAGCAGCAGCGUCCCCUUCAAGCCCCCACCUCUCACCGCGCCUCUCACCACGUCUCUCACCCAGGCCCUCCCCCAAACCUUCACCUCGGACUAGCAAGCAUAACCAGGGAGCUAACUAGAACCAAUCACCUUAGCAUAGAAUCAGUUUAUCAUUCGCAUGUUCUUGUACCUCACUGACAUCGCCACACUUACUCCAAGCCGACUCCAAACCAAUUUGUUUUCUUGUCAGGUAAUGUAAUUUUUAGGUGAGUCUGUUGUCAGUCUGGUGUGAGUCUUUCUACUCGUGUUGGAUUGACUGAGGUACAUGUAUUAAGCUUGUAAGCAAAGGACCCAUUGAUUUCUUGGACCUUUUAAACCUCGUUCACUUAUGACGCCAUGAACUGCUUAGAAAAAAAAUAAAGUGCAGCAGCAAAUGAAAUAAUUUUAUGUUUGAAUAAAUGGCAUGUGAUGAUGAUUAAGUAGCUGUGUGCUACAAAGACCUCUAGGCAUACUCACUUACAUGUACAGUUAACGACUGAAUUAUUCAUACCCCUUGUAAAUUUGAUGUUUUUUGUGUUUAUCGUAACUCAAGAAUGAAAGGUGGACCGGUUAAAAAGGGUCUCUGUUGAAUACUUUUAGAUGUACGCUUUGAUAUGUCAUAUUCUCAAGAAAGGCAAAUCAGGACAAAUCAAUUUUCUGUUCAUUUAUAAAGUUACAAAACUUGGUAUUAAGGGUAUGAAUAAUUCAGUUGUUAACUCUAUCUGUGUGUUAUAAAGGUGAAGAAUACUAUGCUUACCUUAGUGAUUUUAUUUUGCUGAGGUAUUUUUUUCUUCUUCUAGGUGGUUUACCCCAUCACGUGCUUUAUUAUGCACUAUUGUUUGAGCUGAAUCACAGUCACUCAUUUAAAUGUAUGUGGCAUUUAGGAUGAGUUGGGAAAAGAAGUUAAUAAAGUAUUACCAUGUAUACAGGCUCGGUGAAUGCUUUAUUCAUUAUUAAAUGAUUCUAGUUAGUAGCAACGUGGCAGAGCGUGGCAGCUUUUGCUUUUAUUUUUCUUGUCUGUGUUUAAGCUGGAAUUGUAUUUGUUUAGUUACAUGUAGUUACCUACAGCAUCUCAUGUUUGUAGAAUGUUUCUGCUGAGUCGUUAGAUUUAUUAUGAUAUGUUAGAAAGGCUUGGUGAUUUUGUCUAUUAUCAUUUGUGUGCUAUUGAGUAGUUCUAUGUUACAGAUGGAUUAUUUGAAGAAAGUAUUAAUAGUCUAAGAGAGCAGAGCUUUUGAUAACCCUUGGAAACAAGGCUCCAUACAAAAUAUCAUCAUUGCCAUAUUAACCUUCCUUUCUUGAGUACAAACAUCUGCCACUCACACACACAC